AUGAUGCGAGUCAUACUGCCACUCCAGCCUCUCUCCCAGGCUGAAACGCCAGUUCAUCAUGAACUUUCGCUUACUCGCAAACUAGUGUUACUGUUUAUGUUCUGUCCCGCCCAAUUCUUAGAUGCCUUCAGUAACUCAGCUCUCUUCUCCGCAAUCCCUGUGCUCGAAGUAUCCAUGGGUAUGACUGAAAGUCAAUCCACUUGGAUUAUGAGCGCAUUCCAGUUGACCUUUGCAUCUUUUCUGCUCGUCAGCGGCCGCAUUAGCGACGUGUACAACCCAAAAACUGGGUUCGUUGGGGGUGUAUUUGGUCUUGGUGUUAUCUCACUGUGCGCUGGAUUUGUUGAUGAUACCAUUCCGCUCAUUAUUCUCAGAGCGUUGACUGGAAUAGCCCUCGGUCUCAUGAUUGGUGCCACGUUCGUCCAAUGGGCAUCUUACCACUGGGCGUUCUGGUUUGUAUGCGCCCUCAUCAUACCGCCAGAAAUUGCAAAAGCCAAAGACAAUCUUGAACCGGCAGCAACGAAAUGGAAAACUUCCAUGUACGUCAUCAGGGAUACUUCCACCUACCACCGAUCAUCGGCUGAUCUGGUACCAGACCACCGGUUUUAUCCCAAUUUCUCCAUUAUUUUUGCCGUGGCGCUCUUGCCAUUCUUUUGGUGGUUCACAGUGUUCGUGAUUUUUACCGUCCUGUGGCAAAACGUAUUUGAGUGGUCCGCAAUAUCAUCGGCUGUGCACAUGCUCCCGAUCGGUGUCGCAUCUUUCAUUAUGAGUUUCACCGGAUCGCUCUCUCGGAUCUUCAGUCCGAAAUGUAUUAUUCUGACAGGCGUGUCUUUUUGCAUGAUCGCGACCGUAUUGCUGGCGCUGGGCGGGGGGAAACCUAUUGGCCAUAUGGAGCGCAGAGUCAUGCUGACAUAUGCGUACGCAAACGUUGCUAUAUUUCAAGUCGCACCUUCGUCUAUGGCAGGCACAGUUGGUGCCAUCUUUAACGGCGCUCUUCAAUUUGGAUCAGCAAUUGGUCUCGCUGUUGCCAGUUCAAUAGAGACAUCCGUGGAGGCCAUCCAUGGGGGCUCACAUGAGUAUAAAGGACGAGCCGCAGUAUUUUGGUUCCUCUUGACAGUUGCCUCUAUUCUUACGGACCACGCACCCCAACCAGAACACGGCGACCCCAGACAUCCUGCUCGACGGAGCACGGACUGUGACGAAAAGCUCGAUGACGCGAACGUGACCAUGAUCGAAAAAGCCGACCUAGCGAAUCUACAGGGGCCCGCUACCUAUCUGACCAUGCAUAGGAUUUCAAAUUUGACGCCGAACUUGACCGGGUUGGAUACCGUUUGGAUGAAAACGGGUGACCGUGAUUGGUUAAUGCUCUGGAUUCAUACAGGAUGUCUAAUACAAAACACGAACCCGCAGACAUUCUCUGCUGAAUCCGUCCGCUUCCUCGAUAACUUCAGCGCAGGUACCCGAGGUGCAACAUCUGCCGAAUAUUUCCUCAAAGCUGGUUAUGCCGUCAUAUUCAUGCAUCGCUAG